AUCUACGUGUAUAUGGUUCAUUAUUGUACUACUGCUAGGGCCUACUACUUUUUCUCGUUUUGACCUACAAUUUCCUUUCGUACGAUCAAAGCAAAUCGAGUGUCGUUUGGAUAUUUAUCAACAUGUCUGGAACUGGAUACCAAGCAUUUCACAACGAGGCAGACGCAGACACGCAACAGACUGGUGGCAGGAAUGUACAGGUCACAGGCUCUGUACCUCCAGUCGCCUUCUCCGGGCAACAGGUGCCCCCACCCUAUCAAGGUCAGUUCCAGUCUCAAGUACCUGUCGUAGGAGAGGCGGUCCACCAGCAACCUGGUGUUCCACUCCAGGGCAAGGCAGAGAUGAUGCCCGUGCCUGUGGGAAUACCUGGGUGCCCCCGUGGACUGGAAUACCUUGCUACACUGGACCAGCUCCUUGUUCACCAACAGAUUGAGCUUGCUGAAGUUUUUCUCAAUGUGGAGUUCGAGAACAAGUACGUCAUUAAGAACAGUCUUGGUCAGCAAGUUUACUUCGCUGCUGAAGAAUCUGAGUGUUGUGAGCGGGUUUGGUGUGGACAUAACAGAGGAUUCUUAUUCCACAUCACAGACAACAUGGGGCAGGAGGUGCUCCGAGUUGUCCGUGAGUUUAAGUGCUGUGCCGGAUGCUGCUGGUGUGCAAACAACGAUCACUGCUCUUUGUUUGUUGCUGUUGAGAGUCCUCCAGGCAAUGUGAUCGGUUACGUCCGCCAAACGCAAAGUAAGAUCAGCCCUCACUUUGACAUCCUUACAUCUGAACAAGAUUGUGUACUGAAGAUCCGUGGUCACUGGUGUCGAUGUCAAGCUGUUUGCUGUACCGAUGAUAUUGACUUCAAGAUCUUUACUAAUGAUCUCCAGACCGAAGUAGGAAAGGUUUCCAAGCAGUGGGGCGGGUGGGUCAGGGAGUCCUUCACCAAGGCUGACAACUUCGGUGUUCAGUUUCCACAAGACUUGGAUGUGAAAGUAAAGGCCACACUGCUUGCUAGUACAUUCCUGAUUGACUUCAUGUAUUUUGAACACCGGAAGAAGAACAAGCAAUAUUAAGAUCUCUUUGAUGCAGCUGUAUCUGGUCAACAUUUUCUGAAAGCCAUGGUUUAGUUAAACAUGGGUUUAAUAACUUAGACCAUAGUUUAUAUCAACUUACUCACCAUUUAAAACUCAUUCUUAUCCCGCUGCAAAAAGUUUUCAAAAAUUAUUUGAGUCUUAAAAUGGGAAGAAUAUGAAAGUACAAAAAUGAUGUGAAUUUUAAUGAAUUAAUUGGUACAUGAUAAUUUCCAUGAAUAUGGAGGAAGUAUUUAUGCCAAGCCGUGAGGCAAAGUUAUCGUUAGAGGAGAUAUACCCCAGUUUCAAAUAAUGAAAACCUAAAUCACUUCGGGCCAGCUAUUUAAGUAUCUAUUGGGUUUGACAUCUAUCGGUCCAAUUAGAACUAUACCAGAGUAACAGCACUGCCGGCUACACGCAAAUUGUGCUCUCCUCACCAAGGCAUGCCAUCAUCUUUAUUCUCUUUAAUAGUUUCCUUAUUUCCGGGUGGAUUUUCUUUGUUCGAAAUUGGAAAGAAAUUUACAUUGGAUUUCUAAUACAAUAUGCCAUUGAAAACUUGAUUGAAUACCCAAUACGAUAAUUUCAUUCCGAAGGGCUUGCUACGGGCAGAGCUGCUCUUACGUAAUAUCACAGGUGUUGUAAUCGUUUAGCCAAUGGCUCAACGCUCAGACUUGCCUGCGGAGGUGAACAAGUUACAUAAGAGGGAUAACCAAGGUUGAUAGUGCCAGAAAUGAAACAUCUUGGAUCCUCUAACAAGGUUUUUCUGAACAGGGGUAUAAAACCGCAGUUCAAAAUCUGAGAAGAGGUCGUCCUCUAAUGAGGGUUUGACGUUAUGGCAUUCCAUAGAACUGUUGUUUAAAAAUUCAAGUUUAGAAUGUAGUUAAACCUAGGUUUGAUUAUCAGAAUAUCACCUCGUGUCUUUGACUCUUUUUUUCUCUCUCUGAUUUUACAGUGAGAAAGCUGAAAAUAAAAAUUUUGUUGACAGUUCUGUGCCCCAUAGGCCUGAAUUUACAAAUGUGGUUUUGAAAACCCACGGUUGAGUCCAUGGUUUAUACAGAUUUCCUGUAUAAAUUACGCUUAUUUGAGCGCGUAUCGGGUGCGUGUGUAAACAAUGUCCAAUGCUGAUGUUCGCUUUUGUCACAGUGUGCCAAAUUGACGCAUGUUGCCUUGGUUAUCCAUGCAUUUUUAUUCAGGAGUCCACUGUUUUGAAUAACAAGUCCACUCUUCAAACAGUGGACUCAGUAAUAAAAUAGCGUAUCUAACCAUGGUAACAGGCGUCAAUUUGGCACACUGUGACAAAAGCGCGCAUCAGCAUUGGACUUUUUUUAUACACACGCCCGAUAUGUGCUAAAUUAAUCGUAAUUUAUACAGGAAAUUUGCAUAAAACCAUGGAUUCAACCAUGGGUUUUUAAAACCACCUUUGUGAAUUUGGGCCAUAAAGUCUGAAGUCUUGAUAAAACUUCAAACGUGUUCAUCAUAUUGCACUGUCAUUUCAACAUUCCCAUCUUACUAAAUUGUAGUUUUUGUUAUUUUUCAUAGAUUGAUUUUUCAUGAAAAUUUUAUUUUGUCCUUUAAUAUGAUGUAAUAGCCACCCUCUCACACUAACUACAGAAUUUAUCUGAAUAAGGUCUGACAAAAAGUUUUAUUUACUGUCACAUUUCACAGAUUGAUUAUUCAUAAAAAUCGAAAUUGUUUGUUGAUCUGAUCUUUAAAAAUGCCUUCUCUUGCGAAUCACAUAGUUUAUCUACAGAGAGGUCUAUACUAAAGUGUCGUUACUGUAACAUAAUUUUUUACCAAUUGAUUCUUCAUCAAAAGUUCAUUUUGUCUUUUUUUUUCGUGCCUUCACUUGCUGAUUAUAUGAUUUAUCAACACAGAUACCCUUCAAUGCCUUUAACCCUAAUUCUCCCGGGGGGGGGGGGGGGGCCAUAAUGGCCCCCUCGACAAUUUUCGCAAUAUAUCUGCCGCGCAAAAUUUUUUGACCUCGCCGCUCACUGACUUUUUACUUUCAAGUCACGUGCAAAUUUGAGACCAAAUCUGUGACUCCCGGGUACGCGGUUGCGACGUUACGCAACAUUAUGUAAGUGCAUGUCAGACCCAAAAUUGCUCAAAAACGUGAUUUCAUGUACAAAUCCAAUGCAA